AAAACACCAGUAAUGUAAAUCCAGUUAAAAAAAUAGAAUGACAUGUAUAAAUCAAUGUACUUCAUCCUAUAUAAGAACAACUGGAAUGUAACCAUGAUGAGGAACAUAAAUUAUAGAUUAGGCUUGGCUUGGGUUAUUGAUAAUCAACAGUAAGGAAACUAAAUCACAUGGCCAUUAACAUUUAAUUCAGUUUUAAUUCAUUUGGACAUCACAAAGCUUUGGAAGAAUGAAAAGCAGCAGAGUUAACACUAAAGAAUUUUGACAGACACUCCAUCUGAAUCACCCUCUACACGCAGCAAAAAAAAAAAAAAACAACCUCUUCUCCCAGGAAUGUAGACUAGACAUAAGAAUGUGUUUUCUUUUUUCACGUCAGUCAGUUACGGCUAAGCAGAACUUACAAAAAUUCAGUUUUAUAAGAAUGUUAAGAGUUCAUGCUAUACUCUUUCAAAGUGUCCUGUACAAAGACCCUAUUGGGAAUUUUUUUUGACUGACACAUCUGGAGCAAAGGAUGCUAAGCCUUUCCCAAACUUUCUGAAGCCUGGAGAUUGUGAGUUCAAAUCCCGAUGAUGCAACAACUAACCAUGGCUGGGAGUCAAGGGAGCGAAACUAGCUGUCGGAGGGGUGUCAUUCUCCCUUUCUCCAAUGUCAAUCACAAUAACACUAGCCAAUCUUGAAUGUCUGUGAGUUCAUGCAUGUGGGAAAUGGUUGAUAGCACUUUCCUCGGAGCGUGUGAAGCACUUAGAAAUGGAUGGGUUAGCCUUCACCUUCCCUGGUUGGUAGUUCUAGUCAUAUAUGAUUGGGAAAAGCUGGCUGGUUGGUGGGAAUUGACAGGUUACCAAACUGGGGGUAAAAUGGGGGGAAAAUACAUAUUAAAAAAUCACACUUUACACUUGUAACAUUACAGAGAAAUACUGCACAUAAUUUCUCAGAUAAUGUUUUGAUUCUCCCUACAGUUUUCACAAAUAUAAAUGUCCAUGAUGGCUGCUGACCAAAACUUUUCACAUAUUCUACAAGAGCUCUGUCAUCCCCCCUGUAAUGCCAAUCAAAUGUGCUGUAAAAAUGAGGACAACAACAACAUCAAUAAUGCAGGGAUAGCAGAGGAGCCAUGGAUUCCCACCAGUAUGGUGACUAAGAUCCAAGAACAAGAGUGUACACAUGAACACAGAAGUGAGAGGAGUUUCAAGAGUCAAGGUAAAGAUGAUGACACAAAAGACCCCCAAGGAGAUCCAUGUAACUCACCAGUCUCUCCUAAAAACUCAAACAAUAAGAACCAGACAGACCAGGCGACAAGAAAGCUUAACAUUUCCACUAAGAGUUCUGUGUUUGAAAAGUGGGCUGCUAUGGAGGAUAAGGCCAAUCAGAGACCCCUUGCCAAGAGGCAGCUUUCAGACAUCAGUAAAGCUAUCACUUUCAGGGCUGUGAAGAAGACUCUGGUGAAAGAGGAAGAUCAGACAAGAGAGAAGGUGCAGAAUGGUGCUACUCAACAUGACAGGAGGAAUGAUCAGAUUAUCUUGAACCAGCAUGGGUCCAGAAGGAAAUUGCAGAAGGAGCUGAUCUCCGGCACGAAGGAUUUCUGCAGAGUGGACACACACACAAUCAGUGCUGGCCAAGAGCUAAAGAGUAAGAAGAUCUUCUCUGUACCGACUAUUGCAAGAACCAUCACCAAGGGAACAUGUACUGAUUUAGAAAGGCUCCGUGCAAUCUGGAUCUGGCUCUGUCAUAACAUUGAGUAUGAUUUGGAUGGGUACCUGGGUCUGACUGAGAAAGUGUGUUCUCCUGAACGGGUUAUUGAAACAGGACGAGGAGUUUGCUGUGGAUACUCCAGCCUCUGCUUACAACUGUGCAAAGAGGUUGGCAUUGAGUGCAGGGAGGUGGGUGGCCAUGGAAAAGGUAUUGGAUACAAAUUGGGUCAGAGCUACCAGAACACCAAGGCAAAUCAUAUGUGGAAUGCAGUGCUUUUGGAGGAUCACUGGUAUCUGCUGGAUGCCUGCUGGGGAGCUGGGAAAGUGGAUAUGGACAAGAAAGCCUUUAUAAAGAGAUACAAUGACUUCUACUUCUUGACUGAUCCAGAGGACUUCAUCAAUUCACACUGGCCUGAUGAAGAGGAGUGGCAGCUGCUGGACAACCCGAUUAAGCUAGAGGAGUUUGAGAAGAAUGUGCUGAAAACCUCUGAGUUUUACAAGCUUGGGUUAACACUCAUCCACCCCAAACAAUCCUUACUCAUUACAGAGGAUGGUGAAGCUUCCAUAUCAAUGAGAUUCUCUCAGCCUGUGGACUUCACAUAUGAGAUUUCCCAGCAACACAGUGGUGAACAGAAGGAGCUGAGCACCUCUAUGGGUCUACUCACUGUCACACAGAACAGCAUGAAGCUCCAUCUGAUGCCUCCGGCUUCAGGAACAUUCGACAUCAUGCUGUUUGCACGACCCGGACAUACUUCUGGAAAGUACAGCUGGGUGUGUUCCUUUCAACUGGAGUGCUAUGAGCCUAAGACAUCACAGAAUCUCCCUGAGAACCCUUACUUGUACUGGGGAAUGACACAAAAUGCUGAAGAUCUGGGAUUGAAACCAUGCAUAUAUGGUAGUGAGGCCAUUUUAAUCAAAUCAGGGUCAUCUGAACUUGUGCUGCACACUAGCAGGCCACUCAUGAUGCUGUGUGAAAUAAGCCAUAAGGAUUUGGAUGACAGUCUGGCUAUGAGAUGUCUGGCCACCCAAAUUGAAGCGGACAAACUUACCUGUAGCAUUCUUUGUCCAUACAUUGGUUAUUACAGACUGUCUGUAUUUGUCAGUGACUAUGAGAGUGAUAGGAACAGCUUCCACAACGUGGGAAACUUUCUUCUUCACUGCAUUGCCAACCCAAUCAACUUGAAUCAGCUUUUGCCUCCAGAUCUCAGCUACUUUUGCGGGCCUGGAAUCCGGACUGACGACGCUGGUCUAAUAAAAUUCAGCCACACAGCGGCAAUAGUGAGCACACAGCAAGGAAAGUGCAACAUCACCUUCCAGAACCAGCGUGAUCUGGACCUUCAAGCCAUUUUAAAACAUAGCAAAGAACAGUCUGGACACCCCCUUUCUCAGCAUGUCUUCUUCACCUACAAUGGCAGUAAGGUCACGCUCAGUGUGGCCCUGCCGAAGCCGGGAGUUUACAAAUUGAGUCUUUAUGGAAAGACUACAUCCAACCAGGAAUUUAACCUGCUGUGUGAUUUCAUCCUUAAGAACAGCUCAGAGAGCUCAUGUCCCCCAUUCCCAUACACCUACAUGGCCUGGAGGAAGGGCUGCAUGCUGUUUGAGCCAUGCUCAGGCCUGCUUGAGCCACUGUGUUGGGUUCAGUUCCGUAUUUGUGUCCCUGGGGCUCGCAGAGUCUCUGUGCUGGGCGAGCACAGAGUGGAUCUGCAAAUUAAUAAAAGUCACAUUUGGGAAGGAGAAGUGUUCACAGGGAAUGUGGAACAGAUAAAACUUGCAGCCAGCCAGGACGAAACAUCUGAUCAGAUGGACAUAUUGAUGUCCUUUGAUGUGCUGAGGCCACAAAAUGAGAUUAAAUGA